AAACGAUACUAUAAACAAUGUUCAUAAUAAUCUAUUUUCAGUGCGGUUUUGUGCGAUAAAACGUUGACAUUGACUUUCGAAAAAGCUUUAAAUGACGAUUUACGGCGGUGGGAUUACCUACAAGUAAAUCCCCGGAUUACGGGAGGUUAUGAAAAAUAUUGUGCCGAGUUAAGGGUGUGUUAUUAAAGGGAAAAUUGCAUUUCUAUUGGUUCUAUAAAAAAUGUCGGACAAAUUCCCGUUUUUGGAUUAUUUGAAGGAUUUUUUGGAUGGGAGAAAUCGCUCGUGCCAGCUUACAGAAACCUCUGGAAACUUACUUGAAAAAGAUGUUCUAACGUGCCCAGUGCACUUCGAUGGCUGGUCCUGCUGGCCGGAAACUCCUGCCGGUUCCACGGCCAACCAGUCCUGUCCGGAUUUCAUACCGGGAUUCGAGGCGGCGAAUACAGUUUACUACAAAUGCGAAGAGGACGGUACUUGGUAUUUCCACGAGCCCUUCAACAGAACUUGGGUGAAUUACACGACUUGCGUGAACACCGAGGAUUUAUCGUUUCGCACUGUCGUGAUAAUCAUCCACUCGGUGGGAUACAGCAUUUCUUUAGUAGCCCUGCUGAUCUCGCUCGCCCUUCUCUUCCACUUCAAGUCCAUAAGAUGCGCCCGCAUUUUGAUACACAUGAACUUGUUCGCCUCGUUCGCCAUCAACAAUUUCCUGUGGUUGUUGUGGUACUAUUUGAUGUUCGACGAGACCGAAUUGCUAUUCGCAGCGAACAAGCCCUGGUGCAUCGCCCUUCACACCAUCCUCUACACGUGCCUCAUAUCGAAUUAUUCGUGGAUGCUGUGCGAGGGACUCUAUCUGCAUACGGUGCUGGUGUGGGCCUUCAUAUCCCAAAAUAAUCUACUAAUUGCGAUGAUAUUAAUAGGCUGGGGCAUCCCUUUGGUGACGACGCUCCUCUACGUACCUGUCAGAAGUUUAAUGGGCGAGGGAGACGAACUUGCCAUGUGUUGGAUAAAGGAAACCCGAUUCGAAAUCAUCAAUCAAAUACCAGUAGCAGCGACUAUUAUCCUGAAUCUGUUCUUCCUUAUCAACAUAGUCCGGGUGGUGGUGGUGAAGUUGAGGAGAGGACCCGCUGAAGGUCAGGGAUCCGGAACCUCCAGGUCAUCUUUGCAGGCCUUAAGAGCUACUUUACUUCUAGUACCCUUACUGGGAUUGAAUUUCCUGCUGACGCCCUUCAGACCGGAAAACGGCGACGCCUGGUUGUAUUUCUACGAUCUAUUAUCGGCCGUCACGACGUCUUUCCAGGGUCUUUGCGUCGCCAUAUUGUUCUGCUUCUGCAACGGGGAGGUGCAAGCUCAAAUCAAAAGAAAAUGGAACGUCGCGACGUUCAGGCCGAGAACCAAUUCCUGCAGCGCCACUACUGUAUCGGGGCCCUUGGACGUAGGGCUUCCCAAUGGGUGGCCGACAGGAGGACCUCGACUGUGGUGGUGAAGAACAACGAUAUCUCGCCUACACCAGAAGUUCAGUGCGUUUAG